AUGGUGGCUCGCGAGCACACGAGGCGAGCAUACGAAGAGAAGUUGCGACGAGAUGAGGAACGUGAGCAGCAGCGGCGGGCGAUGAAAGAGCUGAAGCCGUCCCCCUUCAGUGGCGAUGAUGGCAUGCCAGCAAAGGAGUGGUUGAGAGAGUUGGAGACGUGGUUCGACGAGGCAGCCGUAGCCCUUCAGAUGAGGCCGCAGAUGUUCCACAAGCAGCUCAAGCCGGGGAGCAGUGCAGCCGCCUGGUGGUACAACUUGCCUGAGGCGACUCGCGGCAGCUGGAAUGAGCUGCGGGAGGCGUUCGUCGAGCAGUACGUGCCGCGCGCCACUUCAGACCUCAUCUACCGACAAGACCUGAAACGAAUGCGGAUGGAAGACAAUGAGACGAUCGAUGCCUUCACCAAGCGUUUCAACAUCCAAUGCACGAAGGUCAAUGGCCUCACCGAUGACGAGAAGAGGUCGAACUAUCUGUCCGCAUUGGUUCGACCGGUGUGGAACGCCAUGAAGCCGUUGCUGAUAGGGAAGAACGACCAGGAAAUGAGGAAGCUCAGCUAUGCCAACCUCUGUAUGCUCGCCCGCGAAGCAGCACCUGAGAAAUACCGGAGGAGCGACACUUCAGAUACAGCUGACCGUGACAGGCGCCCAGCUGACCGUGAUAGGCGCCCCAACAAAUCGAGCAACCGUCGCGGCGACAAACCUCCACGGCCGCUCUUCGCCCCCACGACCACCGACAACCCUAUCGCCUCACUAAUGGCCAUGACGACCCCCGCACUGCUUGCAUCAUUGCAGCAGCACGCCACCACAGCAGCCACACAGGACGAGAGUGACGAUGAGGACCGAAGGGACGGAUAUGAGGGGGAACAGGAGGGCGACGACGAGACGGACGAGUUGAGCACGAGCAUAACAUCGGUGGGCAGCACCCCGGUCGACCAGCUCACAGCUGCACAGGCAGUGGCUGCCCUCCAGCUGAAUGCCCUCAGCAACCCCAUGCUCGCCCUCGCCAACCCUCUGGCCGCCCUUGCCAAUCCACUCGCUGCUCCACUGACAGCCCCACUCGCUGCUCUCUUCAACAAACCCCCAGGCCUCUCAGACGCUCGACUGGACGAACUCUGCAGACAGAACCCGAAAGCCAAGGAGAAACUGAUGAAGCUCCCGUGUGAGCACUGUGGACACCCAGGCCAUUCGAUGAUGACCUGCAUCAGGCUCAAGAAGCUGCUCGUAGAGGCAUGUGACGGACGUCAGUCUGGCCAGCAGAGAGGAGGCGCACCCGACAGGCCAACCAAGUCGCCGCCUCCUCACAAGCCGCCUGAGGGAAACGAAAAGCCUUCGCGCACCUGA